AUGCAGCGAGUGUCGGAAAUAGAACUCCUCACGGACGACGAGCGCCGAGCCCUUCGCGCCAGUCGAUUUUCCGCGGAGCGACUUCCCAGUCCACCGCGCUCCUCGCACUCCGCUUCAGCAGCGGCCGCACGGCAGGCGCACCCCGGGGGCCCGCUGGCGACGAACAAGGCGGCGGCCCUGUCACGGUUCCUGCAGCGGCGGUUGGCGGCGAGCGGCGAGGGGAGCAAGGGGGGCGAGAGGGGGGCGCUGGACCCGCGGCUGGUGGAGGUGGCGGUGAGGAACGCGCAGGCGACGCUCGUGGCGGCGGCAUCCUCAGGAGGAGGUGCCGUGCGCCACGUGGACUGUUUCGAUGAGGGCGACCAGGGGGGUGGCGCCACCGACAGCAGUGGCAGCCUCAGUGGCUUUGAUGAGCCGCAGCCCAAAGUGAAGCAGAGGAAGCGCAAGGGCAAUGGAGGGGGCACCAAAGGCAAGGACAAGAAGAUGAAAGGGAAUUUCCUAGAGAAACGAAAAUUCAAGAAAAACAAGCGGCACACAAAGAAGGGACGUGCAAAGGGAUAG